AUGGGACUGGAGAUGGUGGCGCCGACCAAGGCAGAGAAGAAGAUGGGAGAUGUAUCUGCUGAACCAGUUGAUGGGGCUGAUGUGGAUGCAGAAGACAAGAGACUUAUGGCAUUGUAUGGCCAGGACCUGGUCAUGAAAGACAUUUCCUCUACUGUCAAUGCCCUCCAGAAAGCCAGCAGUCUGCUGGGGAAGAAAUACGGGGAGACGAAUGACCAGUAUGAGGAUCCUAUCUACUACGAUGGACUGGCUCUCCUGAAUUCUGCCCGAAAGGAAAACAAUAUCCUGGGUGAGCCUAUGGAGAAAAUACCAGAAGACGACGAGUCUAGUGAAGACCCUGGUGUCCCCAGUACCUCCAACCUUGAUGAGAAAGAGGAGGAGGGGUUCAGAUUGGAAGUAUAUGAUGCCGUGUCUGAGAAGGAUGAGAAAACUAACAAAGUAAAUGAAGACUCUAAAGGAGACUCAAAGGCUGAAAAAGCUAAGGCCGAUGAGUUGGAGAAAUCCUCAGAUAUUCCAGAGACCAAGGUUAAGGCUGGAGAGGGGUCUGCUGAAGUGGGGAGAGCCACUGAAGAAGCAGAAGACUCUGAAACUGAAGCCAAACCUGAGGCAACCCCUAUGGUGACUAAAGAAAAAAGAGAAGUGAUAUUUGUUGAUAGAAUAAAGAAACAAAGUGAGUUUGAACACCAGGGGACAUUAGAGCGGCUGAAGGGUGGUUUAAAACUGACCAGCCAGAUCUCCAACAAAAGGAGGAGAUGA